GUUAUGUCGCUAUAAGUUUAUUUAAACAACUCAAGAAAUUGAGUGUAUAAGUAUCAUUUAAAACAAAUCUGGAUUACUUUCAAAGUGUGAUCUUUAUAGAGUUUAAAAAUCAAACAAACAACUUUCACCCGUAACGCAUUAUCGACCACGAAGCACCUGUGUCGACUAUUCUAAGAAAGUCUAAAGACUGCUCGAAAAUUUGAUUAUCUGAUCAGAAAAAUGUGACUUCUUCUGUACGCAUUUUGGAUAUAAACGAAGGGACACCACAACACUGAUGUUUACCUGGAAAUUAAUAUAUAGCGAUAUUAUUAAGCACUUAUUUUUCGAAGACCUUGAUAUUUGAGGUACAUUUAAUAGUGAAAUUGAUUUUAAAUAAUGCAUUUUACACUUAUUAAGAGUCAAAGAUAUGAAAUAUUGAAUAUUUUAUUUGUUUUCGGUGAUUUUUCACAAGAAAAUUUAAAAGAAUCGGAAGACAAACUUGCAACUAGAAAUGCAAAAAACAAACAAACCAGAAACUAAAUUAUUCAUAUUAAUUUAAAAAAAAAAAACAACGACGGUGAAACUAAUCAAUCACCUGUGAUUUAUUUGCCAUGGAAAUCGAAAACGAAAUUGAAAUCAUCGAUGACGAGUAUGAACUAAGUCGAAGACGCAUGCGAGAAUUAUAUCGAAUGUCACUAAUCUUAUUGACGAAACCAGAGCGACUGAUCUUGUACAAAGUGCUGAAGGACUACCGCUUUAAAAGGGAUCUGGUACGGCUUAUACUUGGACUCAACGUUUUAUUACGAACAUACAGCAAAGUCGAGCUUCUGAAACAUAUACGAUAUUUCGUCUGGGAGGGUCAUAUUCGGCAUUUUGAUAGGUACACCAAGUUUCACCAGAAAUUCCGACGACGACGACCGCAUGACAUUCGUAGUUUGUCCAACAUGUCAAAGUUUUCCACGUUGAACUCCAAUACUUCGAGGAAUUUGGCAGGGAUCUCGAAAUCUACGACCAACUCGAGAUCUUUGAAUUUGUUAACUGUUCCUGUACCCAUAACUGGUGACGGGCGGUCGAUAGCGAGCACGAGCACCAAUCCGAGCACUAGCCGUCAGCUGAAGGACGUCCGCGUAUUCACUCUACAACGUGACGUCGGUGAGCCGAGUCUGGGAUUCAGCGUACGCGGGGGCGCCGAACAUGGUCUUAGCGUCUAUAUCAGCGAUAUUGACGCUGAUAGCGCUGCUGAACGGAGCGGGUUGCUGGUCGGGGACAAAAUUCUUGAGGCCAACAACAUCUCCCUAAAGUCUACCGCGAGCAGCACGGCCGUUAAAGUACUUACAGGAAGUCGAAAACUUAAGCUCGUCGUGCAGCGAACACACAAGGUUCCCGAGUGGAGAUUAUCAAGAGAGAAAACGUCAUGGUUCGACGUCCACGAAGGGCGGCUGAUUUCCGGGGAGUUUGAGGAGUGCGGCAUCAGCCACCACAUCCGGGGGCUUGAUGUUGACGUCCCUGAACGGCGAAUCAAUUUGACGUUCCCGCGGGGGGACCGCCGGAUGGGCUUCAACAUACGGGGAGGUCGGGAAUUUGGACUCGGGAUUUAUGUGUCCAAAAUUGACCAGGGCGGACUAGCGGACAAGAGCGGUGUAAGGGUUGGAGACCAGAUCAUUGACGUUAACGGCAUACCCUUUGACAACAUCACGCAUGCGCACGCCGUCGAGGUGCUGAAGGACAAGAAACAUCUCAUACUUACAUUGCGGGAUGUCGGACGUUUUCCUGUCUACAAAGAGCUGUAUGCAGAAUACACGUGGAGUGACGGACAACUCAAAGCAGCAACUAGCACUACAAGUCUACGUGACAUACACGUGGUUCACAGCGAGAUGACGACUAAAUCACCAAGUGUAGCAGACAUCUUCUCUGCGUCUAGACUUCCCAGUGCCUUACAAAACGACAUCUUCCUGCCAAAUCAAAAAAUGGAAAACAAAUUGAAAGAUGAUGUGAACGAUAUUGAAGAUAAUAGAAAUAUAGACAGUGACAAUGACAGCUUGAUGGAUCUAGACCAAUGGGCCAGUGAAAUAAGAAGCACGUCGAGUAAUGGCAACCAUAGUUUUGAGAGCGAUGUAAUGUAUGAACGUGUAAAAGUUGUUGUCAACCAUGAUCGUGCUGCAGCAGUAAGGCGUAUCGAAACCCAAAAUGCAGUAAAUGACGAUGAAUACCCUGACCGAAAUACACAUGCUUCUGAUGACAGUGACGAUUAUAAUGAUGCCAAUCCAGAUAUGAUUUAUGCAAAAAUCGGCAAACGUGAUCCACGUUAUACCAGCACAAGUAAUAUUACAGAUGACACAGAGAUGAAUAAUCACUCCUGCUCUAACCAACAUGAACGUACUGACAGCUUAAACAGUAGCCAUGGACAGUCACAAGUAAGUUCACAUAAGUCAAAUGAAAGUAGACAUUUGACUGAAAACAGAAUUGCAAUGACAAAACAAGAGGAGAGGAUAGAAACUGCAAGUAUCACUGGCUCACUUUACUCAAAAGUUCGAAGAUUAAGUGGAGGUUCCUUUAAAAAUCUAGCAGACACAUCACUGAGUGUUUAUACAUCACCUAAUAGCCUUGCCGAUCCUUACAGUGAUGACGAAUCUCCAUCGUUAACGUCCAAAGAUAACGAGGGAAACUUAUCUGUUCAUGAAGCCACAACCCUACAGAUAAGGCGGCCGAGUGUUUCAUUCCAAGAACCAAACCUUGACAGUGACACCGAUUCUGAUAAAGAACAAAUAUAUACAGUAACUGGUGACAUUAAACGUGUUAAUGAUGAUAAUGCUAAAGACAUCACUGAAUACGAUUUAGCCGAUGGCACAGAAUACACACACAGAACAAACGAACAAGGCACAGACGGUGAAAAAUAUGAUCUCCAAACAUUGGAAGUAAAGUUGCAGGCUUUGAAGACAAGACAGGAAAACAUUGGGCUUCAAGAGGUUGAAACUCUUGCACCUAAAGGUGAAAACGAAACUGGCCAUCAAAAGAUGGGGACUUGGAAAGCUAUCAAGAAGAAGAUAAAAGGAAGUUUACGCAUAAAAUCUCCAAAGCAUUCAUUGACGCUUGCAGAACCAAAAGUUAGCUCGUCCGGCACAUUCGAAGCAAGCAGCAGUCACAGAAAGACUGGUGUAAAGAGCAGGAUUGACCAAAUGAACAUGGCCACUUUGGAAGAAGAAGCACAGAAACUGUUAAACCAAGACGAAUUCAACGCCGUCCUUAGACAUGUUAAGGCAUACCACGAUAGUUGUGACUUGGAGAGGUUGGUCGACGUGCUUGUUGCUUUGUUAGACACACCGGAAAAAGUCAUGCUCCUUAAGGAUGUAAGAGGAGUAUUGUACCAACACGACACAGUGCAAUACGACAACCUUGUAAACCGAUACGAGAUCGAGGCUUAUCAGAAACUUUCAUUGAAAUUACAUCUUCCUCUUCAUCACAGACACAACACGAAGCCAAGGAAGACACUUAUAACAACAGAAAUGGAAAAUUGUCAAAAAGAAGACGAGAGUACUCCUGGUGAAGCCGAAGGUGGACAUUUUCACAUUAAGUCAAUGGAUCAAAGUUUGAAGGAAGAAGCGAUAGUUGAUAUCAUGAAAAAGCAGAGGGACCCAAGUAUAAAGACAAUAUCCCCCUCAAGAAAUGUAAAGAUUGCUGAAGAAAAGUCCGCUCUAGAUCACUUUGAAUAUCUUGAAUUUGAACACUCCGAGGUGGGCUCGAGUAUUGCUGCGUUCAGUGAUUUCAGUUCUCAUGGCUCUGGGGAAAUUGAGAAAAUACCAGGCAGCGUUGUUGUACACUUGUCAAAAACAAAACCUACAAUUGGUAUCGAAUUUGAGGAACAUGUGGUAAACGGCGAGAGGGAGGUCAAGGUUGUUCGUAUCGACAAACAUGGAGCCGCGAAUGAUGAUAGUACCAUUGCAGUUGGAAUGGUAUUGCUAGGCGUUGACAGACAGAGGGUGGAAGGAUGGACUAAGGAUGAAGUCCUAGCUGUUAUUGAGAGGUCUUAUAUGGAUAAACAUCAUGUCAGCAUGAAACUGAUUCUUCAUAAACCGCAAAGCACGAACUUUUGACAACUUUUUUUUUUUUUAAUUUUUGAUUCCAGGUUGUUUAUAUAAAUUUAUCAGCGAAAGGCAAAUACUAUUUCCUUGUUUCAAAAGAAAAUAUUAACGAUAUAAUUUCCGAAAUUAACUUAUUAACUAUCAAUUAAUAUCAUUUUUAGUCAUAAAGGUUAAAAGAAAAAUGUUUCAGUAUAAGAUCGCAACAACGUUCACCUCGUAGACACCAACAGUAAGUGUAACAAACCUAGAUUUUGGUGCUCGAUUGGAGAAAUACAUUGUGUCCUUAUACCGAAACUGCUCUCUAUUUAUUCGUAUAUUGAUUGGAAUGUGUACAAGUUAUCAAAGUAUGUUCUUGAUGUUAUAUUUUAUCAGAAUGAAUUAGUAGAUGGUCGACAUUAAUGAAAAUUGCCACUCCAUACGAUGAAAUAAACAUUGAUUUGGGAUUAUGUUUUUGUCUCUUUAUACAGUAAACUAAUCUAAUAUAUUAUUUUUUUGACAGAUUGUUAAAAAUGUGUGAAACAAAGUGAUUAAA